UUUAUGACAGAUGUCACAUGAUAUUGAAAAUGUCUGAUAUUUGCAAGGAUAUUGGAAAUAUAUGGAGUAGACAGUUUGACCAUAGGAGUUUUCUGAGUGGAGAGAUUAACUCUAUGUUACAAGAGUUUGAGCAAAAAAGAAAAGACACCGAAGUUGAUAACUUAUUCAAAACUAUCGAAAACAUUACCGAUAUUAAGGAUACGGAAGUAGAUCGGUUUAAGCAAGCUGUAGACCAGGUUUUGCCCGAAACUAACAACGAAUUACAACAAGCUUUAACUGUGUGCAGUCGAUUUUCUGACGUCGAGAACAAAUACAAGGAGAGUGACUAUUUAGAAAGGGCUAGACAACAAAGAAAAACAGAUUGGGACAAUUUUAUGGACUACAUUACAACUUCUUAUUCUGAGAUAAAUUCACUUACAGAGAGCAAAGAGGAAGGUUUGCAGAAGGUUUAUUCAGAGUUAGCACAGAAACUAAAGAUUUAG